UACAUGUUCCUAUUUAUGUGAUACAUCAACUCAGCAACUUUCGCUCACGCGCCACCAUGAGUGAACCUCCGUCUUAUCCUCCAAUUGAUCCAACAACCUUCGACCUAAUCGUCGUCGGCACUGGCCUACCAGAAUCCGUGAUCGCGGCCGCAGCCUCCGCUUCUGGAAAAUCAGUACUACACCUUGACCAUAACCACUUCUAUGGAUCCCACUUUUCCUCUCUCUCCAUCCCCGACCUCACCUCUUUCCUCAAUUCCAAUUCUACUCCACCACCUUUUCCCACCUCCUCGACCACCUCAGCUAACGCCGAUGAUUUCUCCGUCGUAAAUCUUGCCAUUCGGCCGCUGUAUUCGGACGUCGAAAUUUCCUCAUUUUCCGCUCAACUUUUACAAGAACACUCUAAUAAAUUCAAUCUUGAUGUAUCCGGACCUAGGGUUUUAUUUUGUGCGGACAAGUCCGUUAAUCUUUUGUUAAAGUCAGGAGCAAGUCAAUACGUUGAGUUCAAGAGUAUAGAUGCAAGUUUUGUAGGUGAUGAGAAUGGAAAUUUAUGGAAUGUGCCGGAUUCAAGGGCUUCUAUAUUCAAAGAUAAGAGCUUGAGCUUGAUGGAGAAGAAUCGGUUGAUGAGGUUUUUUAAGUUGGUGCAAGGACAAUUGGCUGCCACUGCUAGUGGUGGCAGUGGAGGAAAUGAGAAUCAAGAAGAAGAAGAAGAAGCAGAGAGCAGUAGCAAGAUUUCAGUGGAGGAUUUGGAGAGUCCUUUUGUUGAGUUCUUGACUAAAAUGAAGUUGUCUUCCAAGAUUAAAUCGAUUAUCCUUUAUGCUAUUGCCAUGGCAGAUUAUGAUCAAGACAACAUAGGAGCAUGUAAAGGUUUACUCAAGACAAAAGAUGGAAUAGACCGAUUGGCUACGUAUCAAUCAUCAGUUGGCAGGUUUACGAAUGCACUUGGGGCUUUUAUUUAUCCUAUUUAUGGUCAAGGGGAAAUGCCACCAGCCUUUUGUCGCCGUGCUGCAGUCAAAGGCAGUAUCUAUGUUUUACGAAUGCCAGUGAUUGCUUUGCUUAUGGACAAGAGUAGCGGCGGGUACAAAGGUAUAAGAUUGGCUUCUGGUCAGGACAUAUUUAGCCAGAAGCUCGUCCUGGACCCAUCCUUGACAGUUCCAUCACCCUCAGCUUCUCCAUUGGAUUCUCCGCAUGAAAAUUUUCAAUUUUUAUGUGUGAGAGAUGUUAAACAGAAGGUGGCUAGAGGAAUAUGCAUUAUAAGGAGUUCCUUGAAGCCAGAUAUAGCAAAUUUUCUUGUUGUAUAUCCUCCUCGAUCCUUGUACCCUGAGCAGAUGACAUCAAUUCGAGCCCUCCAGAUAGGUGGCAGUUUGGCGGUUUGUCCUCCAGAUACGUUUGUACUGUAUCUUUCAGCUUUGUGUGAUGAUGUCCAUCAGGGGAAGAAGCUAUUAAAUGCAGCCAUGAAUGCACUUCUCACUUGUCCUGAUUCUGGACAACCUGAAACUAGUUCCCUAGAUCAAACUGAGAAUGCGGUAGCAAAGCCCAUAUUACUUUGGAGUGCGUUGUAUAUUCAAGAGCUGACUACAGCUCAAUUUGAUUCUAUCAGCUCCACUUCCAUGCCUGAUGCAAAGCUUGACUAUGGUGAUGUCUUAGAUUCAGCUAUUAAGCUGUUUGAGAAGAUGUAUCCAAAUGAAGAGUUUUUCCCAGAGACAGUCUCGCCUGAGGAUUCUGAGAAUGAUGUUGGGCUCAGCUGAGAGACAUAGUGGUGUUUUCCUGUACUAUACAGUUUCCCUGUCACAUGAUCGAGUAAUGUCAGAGCAUUGUUACUCGCCUGAGCAGAGAAUUCUGAACAACAUGGUGAGUCAGCUUAAAGACCGAGAGCCUAGAGGUGCUUUCCUGGACUCUGCUUUGCUACCAAUAGUCUUAUUUCCUCAAUUUGGGUGAGAAACUUCGUAGGUUAUUGUUUGCUUGUAAGUUACUGAAAAUUGCACCACGUUUUGUUGUGAAGUAGAAAAGAGCUGAUUUGGAGACACAAAUUUGUGAUAAAUUAUUUGUUUGCAGACUUCAACUCAGUUAACCUUUUUUUUUGUCGUUGAAGUCCGA